AUGAUGAAUAGAUUUUCUAAUGAUUAUAGUACAAGAACAACAAAGUAUGAGUAUUCAGGACCAUCAUAUGAACAGAAAUAUAAAUCUAAAGCAGAGGAGUACUGGAAACUAAGUAGUCUCGAACAAACAGAGGAAGAAAGAGAAUUACAAGAUUUAGUUGAUAAAAUGCGUUCUAUGGUAGAACAAUUUAGAGCGGAAAUUAAUGAAUUACAUGAAAUGCACGAUAAUGCAAUUCAGAAACGGGACUCUUUAAUAAACGAAUACCAAACAGCAAAAUAUGCACUGGAUGUUGAAGAACUGUUGAUGAAAUUCAGAACCAAAAUUUAA